GAAAAAAUAGAAUAAUGGUCCUAAUACGAAUAAUUUUAUCAUUCGUAGCAAUCGGUACCGGUUCAGGAUUGCCAGCUAAUUGUAAGAGUCAUUGUGAAUCUCAUGAUCGCUCUAUACCACCUAAACCACGAUUCGAUGGAGUUUUCGACAAUGAUUACAAUCACGAGAAAAUUGCCAAUAAUAUAAAAUAUUGGAGCCCGAAUGAUCUACAAAAUGUUUGGGAACUGAGUGGUUUAUACGAGGGUGAUAUAAUGCUUCAUCCGGAUAGUCCAUCAGGGAAAAAUGGCCUUUUAGACGCUACAGCACGAUGGCCCGGCGGUGUUGUGCCUUUCUUUAUACAGGAAGAUGAUUUUGAUCGAGAUCAAAUUGAACUGAUCAAAGAAGCUAUGAAAGAGUAUCACGAAAAAACUUGCUUACGUUUUCGACCUUACAAGGAUACUGACGAGGAUUAUGUGUCGAUACAAGCGAAAAAGUCAGGAUGCUGGUCCCUGGUAGGUCGUCACGGUCAGGGACAGGUGUUGAAUCUACAAAAUCCAGGAUGCGUUCAUCACGGUGUUGUGGUGCACGAGCUCAUGCAUGCCUUAGGCUUUUAUCAUCAGCAGAGUGCCGCGGACCGAGACGAGUGGGUCACCAUACAUUGGGAGAAUAUCAAAUUGGGUAAAGAGCAUAAUUUCAACAAGUAUGACAAUCGCACUGUUACUGAUUAUGGCAUAAGCUAUGAUUACAAGAGUGUCAUGCACUACAGUUCUCAUGCUUUCUCUAGAAAUGGAGAACCUACUAUUACGCCCAAGAAACAAAAGGUAAAACUUGGUCAGCGAGAUGGACUCAGUGAAAAGGAUGUAGCCAAAGUGCGAGCAAUGUAUAAGGAACAAUGUGGCGAUCGUAAAUCAGAAGAAAAUGACGAAGAUUCUUCUGAAGAGAUUCCUCUAGAAUGGAUAUUCGAUUAA